AUGGCUGAGAAGACAGAAGAAGAGAAAGCUCCAAGCUCUUCAGAGAACCUGACGUGUCCACUUUGUCUUGAUAUCUUCGACGAGGCAACCAUCCUGACUUCAUGCGGACACACCUUCUGUCGGAAAUGUCUAAAAAACUAUGACCUGUCCCACCAGGAUCUCGAUCACAUGAUAUGUCCUCUCUGCAGGAAGAUCACAAAAUUGUCUGCGAACCGUGUCGAUGAUUUCCUCACCAAUGUGACUGUCAACGGACUUGUAGACAAUUACCAUGUCAAGUGUGGAGGGAUGAACGCUGUCCUUGAGAUGCGUCCAAAAUGCACUGCUUGCAAGUUUCAUCAAGAUGCUGUUUCAUUCUGCAGAACGUGUAAUAACUACAUGUGUACUAAUUGCGACUACAGCCAUAAGCAGCUGACAUCAUUCUUUGAAUGUCAUGAGAUUGUGUCCUUACAGGAUAUCAUCGACGGGAAGGUCAGCAUUGGUCAUCUAUCUGAGAAGUGCUGCAUCCACAGACAAGAGAACAGAGAUAUGUUUUGUGGGGAUUGUAAGGUCCAUGUUUGUCUCAAGUGCGUGAUCGUCGGUCAUCAAAAUCAUAACAUCAAGAAUCAGGCUGACUUCGAGCAAGAGCUACGGCUAAAGGUGAACGACCUUGUCCAGCGAUGUGCCGCUAAGAAGACAGAACUGGAGAAGAACAUUCAGAACGUUGAAGUACAACGCCAUGAAGUAUACACUGCCGCGCAGAAACUGAUGGACGAUGUCAGUCAAGCCUACAGCAUCAAGGCCAAAGAGCUUGAAGAAAAUCAUCGAAAUCUUAUCGAGCAAAUCAAUGUAGUAAAGCGGAAAUUCGAUGACGACCUCAACGUCCUGAAAUCCAACGAUCGACAGAAGAUCAAGAGCAUUUGUAGUUCAAUAACACUGGUAGCUAAUGACAGACUGGGUAGACUUGAGACAGACAGUCUGUCUGCUCAUACCUUGCUAUGUGAGGAGCUGGAUGCCAUGCUGAAGGAGGCUACUGAUCACACUUCUGCGGCAGCCAUUACGAAGAAAGCUAGGAAUAAGAGGUUCAAGCCUGCAGAUGAUACUCGUCUUGAACUCGGGAGCAUCUCAGAAUCAGCUACUGAUCACACGUCUGCUGCAGCCAUUAGGAGGAAAGCACAGAAGAAGACGUCUGCAGAUGAUACACGUUUUGACAGUGUGUAG